UAGGCAUACAGAAAAGGAUAAGUGGAUGGAGGGUGCUUCUCAGCUAGAGUUGGGGGUGGAAUCGUAUUAUCUUAUAAUAGGAGCACGCCCGCUUUUAGCUCUUUCACUCUUUUUCUUUUGCCUUUCCUUCUAUUAUAUUAGUAAACGGUCUCAUCUUUUUCAAGAAAGAUGUACAGUGGCGGUCUUCUCGUUAAUCUUCAGAGGGGAGCUAGUCACUUGGGGCGACCGACCGAGACUCUUUCUUAUUUUUUAGUAGUAGUGUUGAACCUGGAGGAGUGGUUUGAUCAUUUUGUUUGAUUUGAGGCGGGCUUGCUUGCUCUCAUCUAAGAGAAAGGGUGUCCCAAAGGGCUUUCUCUUAGAUGAGAGUUUAAGUAACUCAGCGCUUCAAAAACAAGAGUCACGCUCUUUAAACGCCCUAAGAAAUAGACUGAAGUCAUUCCGAUAAGGCUUUUAUUUUAUUCGGUAUACCGCUCCGCGAACAGAGCGAAUGAACGAAAAUCCAACUUAUGUUUCCACUUAAUUUUCAUUACGAAGAUGUAUCACGUCAGGAUCCGUUGCUCAAACCGAAUCACGCCAACGUUAUGGAAGUUCCUGGAUUGUGUAAAAUAAGAGUAGUACCAAAAGCAGCACCUGAAGCUUUAAUAAUAAAAAAUGGAAAAUUGGCUAUGGAGAUUCCGCGCAGUAUGAAAUUAAUACAGACACAAAGAGCUUCGACAGGAAAGUCGUUUCGAUCCAAUCCAUUCUUGGGGUCAAAUAAAGACAAAGGAUAUGUCAGUGACCUAGCACGACAAAGCACUCUCCGAGGGCAUGGAAUGUCUCAUUUUUUGGUCAGAAUCUCCACAGUAAUGUCUCUGUUAGAUUCUCCGAUCGAAAUACAGAUAAACUCCAUUCAAUUCUUGAUGGAAACGGAGUUUUGCGAAUUCUCCCCGGAACCGGAAGAUCAUUUCGAGAUCUUCGAACAUAUUCGAAGAUUCAAUGUGACUAUUGUCACUUCGGCCAACACACAAGAUGAGACUUUACCACCGUGGAGCGGCUUUUUUCAAAAAGAUGAAGGGGAAACUCAGUAA